GCACCGGAGGGGCAGAAUGAGCUUCCUCCCCCUCCCUGGCUGAGUGUGGGCGGUGUGGGAGUCUCUGAAGGGGAGGGGAGCCUCCGUGAGCCUCAGACCGCUGCUGGAAACACCGAGAGCCUCCUGCUCCUCCAGCCCGGAGCUCCGCGCGCUCUGACGAACCCUGCUGGACCCCCCGCUUCCCCUCCACCCACUGGGCCUGAUGUGGUAGAAUAACGCCUCUUUUUCACUGAGCUGACGCCCUUCUCCACCAGACCCCCCCUGGCUGUAAUCCCCCGGGCGGCGGCGGGCCUUCAGGGCGGCUGCACAUGCCGCCUUUUGUCUGCGGCGCUGUUGUUGGCCUGGAGGCCAUGAGGGAGAGCAGACGGCAGCAUAAAGAGCUGACAGCAGGAGAAUGAGCUUCCCAGGCCGGAGGAUGGGGGGAGGAACCACGUGACGCCGCCAUCAUCACACCCCCGAGACCAGAACCGGACCGCCGGUCCAACUGGGACGAGUCGCAACAGAAACUGUUUCCUGCUGCUGGUCGGACGUUUAGCAGCCGGCUGCCUAAAGUGCCUUUUUUCUGAGAUUUUUUGUUUGUUUUGGAACUCAUUUUUGACCCCACUGCUGUCGCCAUGGUUACACUACAGUCCAAAUGGCGCUUCCUGUUCAUGUUCCUGGGCAUCCAGCUGGUGGUCAUGGCACUGCUUUCCCGGGAGGGAUACCAGAAACGGGUCAGCUACUUUAUCCGGAUCUUCCGUAAGGGCGACGCCACAGGACCGCCGCUCCAGAACCGCACGGGCGGCGCCUUGGGUGGCGGGGACGUCUACGCCAACCUGUCGCACCCGUCCAGAGGACAUAGCCAUGGAGACGAAAUGCCUUACUGUCCAAAGACGUCCCCCCUGAUAGGCGGGCCGAUCCACGUCAGCUUCCUGUCUGGACUCACUCUGGCCGAGGUUCAGAGGAAAAACCCCCUGGUGGUACGAGGGGGGCGCUACAGGCCGCCGGAAUGCGAGGCCCGACACAAGACGGCCAUCAUCAUCCCCCACCGCAACCGAGAGCAUCACCUGAAGUUCCUGCUCUACUACCUGCAUCCGUUCCUGCAGCGCCAGCAGCUCAGCUACGGGAUCUACGUCAUCCACCAGGCGGGAAACUACACCUUUAACCGCGCCAAGCUGAUGAACGUCGGUUUCCGGGAGGCGAUGAGGGAGGAGGACUGGGACUGCCUGUUCUUCCACGACGUCGACCUCAUCCCCGAGGACGACCGCAACCUCUACGUCUGCGACGACAACCCCAAGCACGCCGCCAUCGCCAUGGACAAGUUUGGCUACAAGCUUCCGUACAAGAUGUACUUCGGAGGAGUGUCCGCUCUGUCGCCGCUGCACUACCUGAAGAUGAACGGCUUCCCCAACAACUACUGGGGCUGGGGUGGCGAGGACGAUGACAUCGGAGUCAGAGUGUCUCUGGCCGGGAUGUACAUCAGCCGUCCGUCUCUGAAGGUUGGCCGCUACAAGAUGAUCAAACACAAGCUGGACAAAGGCAACGACAUCAACCCAAAGAGAUUCAACAUGUUGGCAAAAACCCGUCAGACCUGGAAGAUGGACGGCAUGAACACGAUGGAGUACGAGAUCGUCUCCAGGGACUACCUGCCCCUCUACACCAACAUCACCGUCAACAUCGGGACAGAGUCCGGCCUGCGCUCGCCUGCGCAGCCACGCAAGCCUGCAGAGAAGCCUGCAGAGAAGCCUGCAGAGAAGCUUGCAGAGAAGCUUGCAGAGAAGCCUGCAGAGAAGCCUGCAGAGAAGCCUGCAGGAAACUCCUCAACCAAACUCCAGAACAAACCAGCAGCUGUGAAAUAAUCCUGUGAUCUGUGCAGAUGGGCGAUCAGCUGCUUCAGGCUGAGGACGAUUGGUUUCAGCUAAAAUGAAGCGAUGGCUCCCCCUUGUGGCUCCUUUAAUCCUUCAUAUCUUAUCGACGUUCCACAGGAGCUACAGGAGGAGCUGAGUUGGACUCUGUGAGUUUGUGUGUAAGGCGCUGUAGCCGCUGUAUAAACCAUGAGGCCUUAGAAUCGUGUA